AUGCUGCAUAAAUUCUGGGAACAUUACAAUGCUAAUCCAAUCCGCAGCAUUGUUAAGUCGUUUCACGUCCCAAUAUUUAUGGCCCCCUUCCCAGCUCUUACUAUUUGUCCAUUAAUACCACCGCCAGUUGCAAGACGCAACGUAGUGUUUGCAAGUUUACGUUUACCAAAUAAUAUGUCCUACACUACAGGGAGAUUUCUAGUUAGAUAUGGGCCCGCUUUUGCGAACGAAAACGCUCCUGGUGGUAAAGAUCAUAUAGAUAAUUUUAAAUUACUAUUGAAAACAAACAAUUUGUCACUGACAGACUUUAUAAAAGCUUUACGACCUUGCGAAGACAUAUUCGAAUCCUGUGCAUGGCAAGAUGUUGAUACGAAUUGCAGCGAACUGUUCAAGGUAUCUUAUACUUUCGCAGGUAUAUGUUGUUCCUUCAACUAUUAUCUCGAAGAAUCCAUAAAAAUCGGCAGAGCUACAAAAGUCGAUCUUCUCACAACUCCUUUUUACGGACCAAGAACCGGUCUUCAAAUUGUUCUAAACCGAUCUUUUUUGAUCGAGGAUGAUGACAUGGACGAAAAAUAUAUCAAAUCUUCAACAAAUUCCGUCGGUCUUGUGGUGUUUUCUCAUCAUCCUCUGGAAUAUGUCGCCACUAUAGCUACUAGACAAAUUUUACAAAAAGGGCAAUAUGUUCUUACCUCCGUAAAUCCAAUUAUCAAUAAAAAACUCAGUGGGUAUUACCAUCGAGAUUCUACGAGUGGUGAACUGAUUCAGAAUUGUGCAGAUGAAAAAACCAAAUUGGACUAUUUUCCUACAUAUGGAUAUUCUAACUGUUUUACCAGCUGCUCUAUCAAGGCUGUUCUCCAAGCUUGUGGUUGUUUGCCACUCUAUUACACGCCUAUAGCUGAAAAGCAUUCAUUAAGGCUAUGCGAAUGGGAAGAUUUCCAGUGCCUUUACGCGAAUGCGGACAAUAUACGGAUCAUUCAAAAUGUUGUUAGAAACAAUUUUACAUGUGAUUGUUUUACGCCAUGCCAGAGUGUGCAAUACGAGUUACAAACUUCCAGGCUUUUGUUAAAUGGUAAUAAGAAUUACAAUCCCGCGUCGUUAUCACUUAGAUCCAGAAAUGCGUUCUUCGCCGCUCUACGUGCGAUCGUAGACUGGAUCAGGCAAUGCAGGAUUUGCGCGCUCGGGUCUUGUGAUCCCGAAAUUCCUCCAGGAACCGCAUCACCACCCCCACCUAUUAUACUUGCGUGUACCGUUUCGCACCUUCCCACCUUCUGCUCCAGGAUUGGUAGAAGACAAGAUCCCACCAUCAGCUAAUGUUGCUUGAAGAGCAACGAGUUUCGUUACCUCGAGUUAUAUUAAGGCAUUGUGAAUGUUAGGCGUAACUUCUUGACAAAAACGCCAUCAGAUCGAUUCCAGAUAACCGCCGACACACUAUAAUAGGAGAGUGGACCGCAACAUAACUUUCUAGGCCA